AUGGAGGUGAGGGAGAAGGAUGGCAAUUCUGAGAGCAUCUACAUGAAUGUGGAGGAUGCCGAGAAGACUUCUAAUCAGAGUGAAAUCUACGACAACAUCUACCUGAACAGAACAACCGAGAUUCCAGGUUCUGCAGGUGCGUGCGAAAGGAGAAAGGUGAACUGCAGUAACAUGGCUUCAGUGGGUCUGGGGUUCCUGUGUGUUCUCCUGCUGGCUGUAAUCGUGCUGCUGUGUAUAAAACACAACAAAGAGAUGCAGCAGAUACAGAGCGGUAAUGACAACAUGACUAUAGAGAGAGACAGGUUACAGAGCAGUUAUAACAUCGUGACUUCAGAGAGAAACCGGUUACAGAGCAGUUAUAACAACGUGACUUCAGAGAGAAACCGGUUACAGAACAGUUAUAACAUCGUGACUUCAGAGAGAAACCGGUUACAGAACAGCUACAAUGCUCUGAAAUAUGAGAAGGAUGCAAUUCAGAAGAAGCUUACUGAAAUAGAUUCUUGUCCAAGUGGAUGGACGAGGUUCUUGUCCAGUUGUUACCGCGUCUCCUCCUUAAAAAAGACCUGGGAGGAGAGCAGACAUGAGUGCAGAAGGACAGGAGCAGAUCUGGUGAUCAUCAACAGCCGAGAAGAACAGCAAUUUGUUUCUGGACUUGGACUGAAUGUAUGGAUUGGACUGACUGAUCGUGAGCAGGAGGGAGAGUGGAAAUGGGUGGAUAACACACCUCUGGAGUCUGGGUACUGGAAGAACAAUGAGCCGAAUAAUAUUGGGUAUCUCUAUGCUGAUGAGGACUGUGCUGAGGUUACAAGUAAUAUCUGGUCCAGUUCAGUAAUAUCCAACUGGAACGAUAUUUACUGCAACAGAUAUAGUAAUGGGCUGUGUGAAAAGAAGAUUCGGUGCAGCACUCAAUAACAGCUCAAUAUCUUCUAUUUCAUAUACGUUUUUAUUUUCCCUCAUACUGCUGCAUCUGCGCAGGACUCUUCUAAUCUUCAUAUCUACAGCAGGCUGCAAAAAUGUCACGUUCUUUUCAAUUCAGUUCUGAAAAGCCAAAAUAAUGUUGUACGGAACUGUAAAAUGUAUGAAUGUCGCUGAAGAAUGCAUCAUUCCAAAAAGCCAACACAAAAAUCUAAGGUUGUAGCUGUUUUGAGAUCAGACUGAUGUCUGAUGUGAGAAAUGAAUAUUUGAUCAUGUAAAAAUGUUGGUUGUUUUUUUUUACAUUAAUAUUGAACAAUUUAAAAAUGAACAAUGUUUUUACCCUGUAAAGUCAGAAAACCAGCUCUGGGUACAGUAUGAACUGACCGGGUUGUUUUAACCUGUGGGUUAAGGUUGGGUUAAGAUGUUGAUUUUUUAAAAAACCUGGUUCAGUUCUAAUGACUAAGAAAGUUAAAUUUAAGUGAAAUAACCCAGCAUUAUUAGAGUAUACUUUCAAGUGUUUUAUUCAUUUUACGUACAAUUUAAUAUGAUCAAAUAUAAUCUUUUUUACUGGAUUUGACCUACAGUUUGUUUUGAGCAACGCCUGAAAUUAAAUGAAAUUUCCCUUAAACAUUUGUGUGGUUUUAUCAUUUACCAAAAGACUUAUUUUCAAUGUUUAUAUUCAGUUGAACAACCUAACAAUAAGCUUUCUACAGGAUUUGUGAGAUGCAGUACGGUUCUCGACCAUGCGAUAUAAAUCUUCCCUCAUCAUACUGAAAUAUUUUCUCAAGAUAUCUACUUGAGAUUUAUUCUGAUGAUAACAAGAUGCUUUUCAUGUAAUAAUAAUAAACGUCCAUACACUUCUGUUAAAUAUUUAAUGGUGUAAAUUUUGUAAAUGUACUUGUGGGAAUUAUUUUGGUUAGAGCAACGCUAAGUAUGUUCUUCAAGAAAUUUGAAUUUCAAAAGAAUUUUAUAGCAUCAUGGGCCAUAAAGAGUGCCACUGAUGUUGGAGUUCAAUGUUAGAUUUAAAA